ACCAAAUCGUCAACAAACAGUAGCCUUACAGUACCGUCGCCCUAAUCUACCAGUGCGACGAUGGUGCAACAGCUGCCACAGACUGGACCCUCCGUCCACGAAGAGCUCUUGGAUAUCCUGAAGGCCAAUGUCGAGACUGAGAAAGAACCGAAGCCCAAGACAGAGGUUGAACCUUUCCGCCGCAAGAUCGUCUGGUUCAACGCCCUCGGUUUCCUUGCCCUUCACAUUGCUGCCGUGUACGGCCUCUACCUUGGCAUCUUUAGGGCUCAGAUCGUCACCUCUUUCUGGGUAAUUUUCCUGAUGAUUGCGGCGGGCCAAGGAGUCACCAUGGGAGCUCAUAGACUGUACUCACACAAAGCAUUCAAAGCUAAACCGAUGCUCAGGCUGGCUCUGGUGCUCCUACAGACUAUGGCUGGACAGAACUGCUUGUACAUCUGGGUGCGCGACCACCGACAACACCACAAGUACAGUGACACCGACGCCGACCCCCACAACGCCAACAGGGGCUUCUUCUUCUCCCACAUCGGAUGGCUCAUGAGCCGCAAGCAUCCCGAAGUGAUCGCCAAGGGCAAGAACAUCGACAUGUCCGACUUAGAGGCUGACCCCUUCGUCAUGUUUCAGAAGAAGUAUUACAAGACUCUCUACGUGAUCCUAUCAUUGACAUUCCCUCUGCUGGUCCCCUACUGGCUCUGGGGAGAGGAUAUCUUCGUCUCCUUCAUGUACACGUACGUGACUCGGACAAUUGUCAGUCUGAACAUCACAUGGCUCGUCAACAGUGCAGCCCACAAGUACGGGAACAAGCCAUACACCAGUGACAUAGUGCCCGUGGAGUGUGAGCUGGUAUCGAUGUUCGGUAUGGGCGAGGGCUGGCACAACUACCACCACACGUUCCCCUGGGACUACAAGGCGGCGGAGUUGGGGCAGAGGUACAACAUGACCACAUCUCUCCUGGAUCUGUUUGCGCGCUGGGGAUGGGCGUACGACCUGAGGGCGGCGACCCCUGCCAUGGUGCAGCACCGGGUACUCCGGCGCGGUGACGGUUCUCACCCCCUGGCAGCGGCCAAGCCCGACACACCAGACCAACCCCCCGCACGGGAUGUCCUCAGGAGACCUGGGCUGUAGGAGGACAAAAUACAACUUUAAGUAUUCUGAAGACUAAUGUUCAAUUCUUCCAGGCAUUUUGUAUGGAAUUCAUGUGAUAUUAUUAUUAAUUUCUUUGGUUGAAGUUUGUUUUUGACGAAGGAAGAACUGUGAAGGAAUCAGGAUUUUACCGAAAAUUUGCCAUCGUUCAGUAACGUUUCGAGAUCUGCAAUCUGAUCUCUUCCUCAGGUGAAUAACUAAUCCAACACAUUUGGUUCAAAUAAACAAAUCAUACCAAAGCUUGUGACAUGCUUAGUCACAACAACUCAAUGGAAACCAACUUUAAAAUAUACCCGUAAUAAACACAACACGACUUAUUAAACCUGAACUACGGAAUUUUUUGUGUUACUAAACGAUGACAAAUAUUAGGAAAACUAUGUCAUUCCUUCAUUAUUAAGUUGUCAAGUAUUGGUCUCAUGUUUUGCUUGUAAAGUUUUGGCUUUAAAAGUGUAUAUGGUAUUUUUAAUAUAACUUUUAAACAAUC